AUGUGCCACAAGAUCUCGUGCUCCGUGUGCCAGAAGGCGACCUGGCAAGGGUGCGGCCAGCACAUCCAGAGCGCGCUGCAAGGCGUGCCCGAGGCGGAGCGUUGCCCGGGCUGGCGCACGGGCCAGCACCAAGAUGCACAAAGCGGCGGCGCCGAUAAAUAA